CCCCACUGCCGCCGCCUCCUGGGCCGGGCCGCGGUGUCUCGUCCCCUAGCAGAGCCGCUCCUGCUGCCGUCGCCUCUCCUCAUUCAUCCUCGUGCACCAUAGGCGGCACAGGCACCAAGAUGUCCAACCGAGUGGUCUGCCGGGAAGCCAGUCACGCUGGGAGCUGGUACACAGCCUCAGGACCUCAACUGAAUGCACAGCUAGAAGGUUGGCUUUCACAAGUACAGUCUACAAAAAGACCUGCUAGAGCAAUUAUUGCACCCCAUGCAGGAUAUACGUACUGUGGGUCUUGUGCUGCCCAUGCUUACAAACAAGUGGAUCCAUCUAUUACCCGGAGAAUAUUCAUCCUCGGGCCUUCUCAUCAUGUGCCCCUCUCUCGAUGUGCACUUUCCAGUGUGGAUAUAUAUAGAACUCCUCUGUAUGACCUUCGUAUUGACCAAAAAAUUUACGGAGAACUAUGGAAGACAGGAAUGUUUGAACGCAUGUCUCUGCAGACAGAUGAAGAUGAACACAGUAUUGAAAUGCAUUUGCCUUAUACAGCUAAAGCCAUGGAAAGCCAUAAGGAUGAGUUUACCAUUAUUCCUGUACUGGUUGGAGCUCUGAGUGAGUCAAAAGAACAGGAAUUCGGAAAACUCUUCAGUAAAUACCUAGCGGAUCCUAGUAAUCUCUUUGUGGUUUCUUCUGAUUUCUGCCAUUGGGGUCAAAGGUUCCGUUACAGUUACUAUGAUGAAUCCCAGGGGGAGAUUUAUAGAUCCAUUGAACAUCUAGAUAAAAUGGCAGGAGAUGGGCCAGUGGAGCUACUUGGUUGCGAACAUCUGUUGUCCUCUAAGAAAAUGAAGAAACGAUCCCCAGAGCAGUUUGCAGACCAGCUGGACUGUCAGAAGGAGCAUGGAGAGCAGGGCUGCCACUUCCUCAGUUUCUAAAGGUGGAGCCACCACCUUCGGGAUCUCAAAGGGUAAAGUCACUGCCUGUUAGUUUCAAAGAGUGGGGUUGUCAUCACCUCGGUUCCAGAGGGUGUGUGUGGUUGCCAUUCAUGUGAACUGGGAGAAUAGGGCUACUGCCCAAAGUUGAGGGGGAGGGGCUUCCAUGCUGGUGGGUCAGGAGAACAGGGCAUCCCAGGGCUGAGGGGGUGGUAUCACUGUAGCAUUAGGCCUGGAUAGCAGGGCUGAUACCUAGGGCCAUGGCUAGAAUCCAAAGAGUGUGGCCAAUGCCCAGAGUCUGGAGGCUGGAUUAUUGCCCGUAAGUGCCUGGAAUAUAGAGGAUUAUUUUCAAGCCUCAGGAGGUAAUGAGAUUUGCCCUGCCGAGUUUUGGACUUGGUUAUUACCCAUGAUCUCCUCCUUCCCUCUAGUUUAUCCUUUUUGGGCUGAAAAUGACUACCUUGUGCCUGUUCCGCCAUUGUACUUUGGAAGCAGAUAAUUUGUAUCCUAGAUUUCAGCGGUCCAAAGAUGUAGAGGAAUUUUGCAUUAGGAUGGAACGUACCCAGAGUAUCACCCGUUCUAGAUUUAGAUGAUACAAAAGAUGAGAUUUUGGAACUUGAGCUGAUACUGAAUGAGUUAAGACUUUUGGGGAUGAUAUGAUAUGGUGAAUAUGUUUUUACAUGUGGGAAGGACAUGAAUUUGGGUGGUGGGGCAAAGAGUGGAAUGUUAUGGCUUGAACUGCAUCCCCUCCAAAAUUUUGUGUUCAAUUCCUGGCCUCUGUACCUCUGGAUGUAAUCCUGUUUGGAAAUAGGGUUUUUUUUUUUUUUAAUGUUAAUAAAGCCAUACCAGUGCAGGGUGGAUCUCAAACCUAAUCACUUCUGAGUUAUGAAAAGACUAGAAUAGACACAGAGACACGUGGGGGCAGACAAGGAACAUCAAGGAACUGAGGAAUGCUACCGACAAGUAAGGAAUCAACACAGUGAAGACCCUGAUUUGGACUUUUAGCCUCCAGAAAUGUGAGAAAAUAAAUUUGUGUUCUUUAAAGCCAUCCACUUGUGGUAUUUGUGUUAUUGCAGCACUAGGUAACUAAUACAAAUGGCUAUAGCAGGUAAGGUUUGAAGAAGUCUGAAAUGAUGUCUGUGUACCAUAUUUAUGUAGAUGUUGUUAUUCACCAGUACAGGAAAGGUAUUAGGGUCAGAUUUAAGGUAAACAAUAAUGAGUUCAAUUUUAGACAUGGUGUUUGUAAGUAUGUUGGAACAGCACUGUAAUACUGUAGCCACUAAGCCAUCUGCAUUUAUUGAGUAUUUCAAAUGUGGGUAGUCCAAAUUGAAUAUUCUGUAAGUGUAAAAUAUGCACUGGAUUUCAAAAUCUUAGUAUAAAAAAAGUCCCUAGAUGGCACAAACAGUUAAGUACUCGACUACUACCUGAAAGGUCAGUGGUUCAAACCUACCCAGAGGUGCCUCAAAAGACUGGCCUGGCAAUCUGCUUCUGAAAGGUCACAGCCUUGAAAACCCUAGGAAGCAGUUCUACUCUGCACACAUGAAGUCGCCCUGAGUCAGAAUCGACUUGAUGGCAACUACCAACAAAAUUAUAAAAAAAAAAAAAGAUACUUCAAUAAUAUUUUAUCUUUAUUAUAAGAUGAAUUGAUAAUAUCUUUGAUUGUGAGUGGAAACCCUGGUAGCAUAGUGAUUAAGAGCUAUGCCUGCUAACCAAAAGGUCGGCAGUUCGAAUCCACCAGGCAGUCCUUGGAAACCGUAUGGGGCAGUUCUACUCUGUUCUGUAGGGUCAUUAUGAGUUGGAAUCAACUCAAUGGCAAUGGGUUUGGUUUUGAUUGUAAAUCAGCCUAUAGGCUGGAGAUUACUGCAGUGUUGUGUCCAAAACUGUAAGUUAGGUGUUGGGAAGAGCAAAAUGUCUGUUUAUAGCCUGAAGGCAGAAUACACUCUAGAGAAAACACCCUUUUUGCUCUUAAGGCCUUCAACUGAAUGGAUGAGGCCCAACCAUAUUAUGGAGUAUAAUCUGCUUUACUUAAGCCACCUGAUUUAAUCACAUUUAACUGCUUCUUGUACAUGGAAGCAGCAAUCAAGAAAUCAAAUGACAUAUUGGCCAAAUCUGCUGUAAAAGAUUAAAAUUUUAAAAAGCAGAAGUCACUUUGAUGACUAAGGUGAAUCAGAUCCAAGCCAUGGUCUUUUCAGUCAACUCAUAUGCAUGUGAAAGUUGGAUAAUGAAAAAGGAAAACAGAAAGAAUUAAUGUUUUCGAACUGUGGUGUUGGUGAAGAAUGUACUUUGAAGUGUCAGAGAACGAACAAAGCAGUCUUAGAAUAAAUACAACCAGUAUGCUCCUUAGAAGUGAGAAUUGUGAGACUUUGACUUGCUUACUUUGGACACUUCGUUAGGAAAGACCAGUCGCUGGAAAAGGACAUCAUGUUUGGUAAAGUAGAGGGCCAAUGAAAAUGAGGAAAACCUUCAAUUAGAUGGAUUGAUACAAUAGAUGCAACAAUGAUCUCAAACAUAUAAAUAAUCAUGAAGACGGCACAGACUGAACAGUGUUUUGUUCAGUUAUACAUAAGGUUGCCAUGAGUUGGAGUCAGCUUAGUGAUAAGUUACAAAAAUAACUACUACUACUUUAUAACGGAGUCUAGGCUAGGGUUUAACUCAACAACUGGGCACCAUAGCCUAAUCAAAUUGACAUGUAAAAUUAACGAUCACAGUGGGUGAGGGGAUUCAACAAAGCUAGUCAAAGAAGAUUUUUUUAAAGAUGAAAACUGAGAUCAGCUUCAAAAGCCCCAGAAAUUUUAGUCCCUAAAUUUAGGUCUUGAAAGACUUGACUUUCAAAGAGAUAGCAGCUGUAUGAUUUCCAUUUCUGCUCUGGCUUGCUUCCUUGACUUUCCUUUUUUUUCCAUUUAGGAAAGAAUAUCUUUUCAGAGCAAUUAGCCAGAGCAAAUAGGCUAGAUAAAGAAAUAAAGGGCAUCAAGAUUGGUAAGGAAGAAGUAAAAGUAUCUCUAUUUGCAGAUGACAUGAUCUUAUACACAGAAAACCCUAAAGAAUCCUCAAGAAAAUUACAGGAACUAAUAAAAGAGUUCAGCAGAGUAUCACAAUACAAGAUAAACAUAGAAAAAUCAGUUGAAUUCCUCUACACCAAGAAAAAGAACAUCAAAGAGGAACUCACCAAAUCAAUACCAUUUACAUUAGCCCUCAAGAAGAUAAAAUACUUAGGAAUAAAUCUUACCAGAGAUGUAAAAGACCUAUACAAAGAGAACUACAAGACACUACUACAAGAAACCAAAAGAGACCUACGUAAGUGGAAACACAUACUUUGCUCAUGGAUAAGAAGACUUAACACCGUAAAAAUGUCUACUCCACCAAAAGCCAUCUACAGAUACAAUGCAGUUCUGAUCCAAAUUUCAAUGACAUUUUUUAAUUAGAAGGAGAAACAAAUCACCAACUUCAUAUGGAAGGAAAAGAGGCCCCAGAUAAGUAAAGUAUUACUGAAAAAGAAGAACAAAGUGGGAGGCCUCACACUACCUGAUUUUAGAACCUAUUAUAUAGCCACAGUAGUCAAAACAGCCUGGUACUGGUACAACAACAGAUACAUAGACCAAUGGAACAGAAUUGAGAACCUAGGCAUAAAUCCAUCUACACAUGAGCAGCUGAUAUUUGACAAAGGCCCAAAGUCAGUUAAAUGGGGAAAAGACAGUCUCUUUAACAAAUGAUGCUGGCAUAACUGGAUAUCCAUCUGCAAAAAGAUGAAACAAGACCCAUACCUCACACCAUGCACAAAAAUGAGCUCAAAAUGGACCAAAGACCUAAAUAUGAAAUCUAAAACUAUAAAGAUUAUGGAAGAAAAAAUAAGGACAAUGCUAGGAACCCUAAUACAUGGCAUAAACAGUAUACUAAACAUUACUAACAAUGCACAAACACCAGAAAAGAAACUAGAUGACUGGGAGCUCCUAAAAAUCAAACACCUAUGGCCAUCCAAAGACUUCACCAGAAGAGUAAAAAGAUUACCUACAGACUGGGAAAACGUUUUUCGCUAUGACAUUUCCGAUCAGCGUCUUAUCUCUGAAAUCUACGUGAUACUGCAAAAACUCAACAACAAAAAGACAAAUAACCCAAUUAAAAAAUGGGCAAAGGAUAUGAACAGGCACUUCACUAAAGAUGUUCAGGCAGCUAACAGAUACAUGAGGAAAUGCUCAGGAUCAUUAGCUAUUAGAGAAAUGUAAAUCAAAACUACAUUGAGAUUCCAUCUCACUCCAACAAGGCUGGCAUUAAUCCAAAAAAAACACAAAAUAAUAAAUGUUGGAGAGGUUGUAGAGAGACUGGAACAGUCAUACACUGCUGGUGGAAAUGUAAAAUGGUAGAGCCACUUUGGAAAUUGAUUUGUCGCUACCUUAAAAAGCUAGAAAUAGAGCUACCAUAUGAUGCAGCUAUUCCACUCUUUGGAAUAUAUCCUAGAGAAACAAGAGCCUUUACAUGAACAGAUAAAUUCACACCCAUGUUCAUUGCAGCACUGUUUACAAUAGCAAAAUGAUGGAAGUAACCAGGGUGCCCAUCAACGGGUGAACGGAUAACUCAAUUAUGGUAUAUUCACACAAUGGAAUACUAUGCAUCAAUAAAGAACAACGAUGAAUCCAUGAAACAUUUCCUAACAUGGAGGCAACUGAAAGGCAUUAUGCUGAAUGAAAUCAGUCAGUUGCAAAAGAACAAAUAUUGUAUGAGACCACUAUCGUAAGAACUCAAGAAAUAGUUUAAACAGAGAAGAAAAUAUUCUUUGAUGGUUACAAGAGUGGGGAGGAAGGGAGGGGGUAGUCACUAAUUAGACAGUAAACAAGAACUAUUUUAGGUGAGGGAAAGACAACACGCAAUACAGGUGAGGUCAGCACAACUGAUCUAAACCAAAAGCAAAGAAGUUUCCUGAAUAAACCAAACGCUUUGAAGGCCAGCGUAGCAGGGGCGGGGGUUUGGGGACUAUGGUUUCUAGGGACAUCUAAGUCAAUUGGCAUAAUAAAAUCUAUUAAGAAAACAUUCUGCAUCCCACGUUGGAGAGUGACAUCUGGGGUCUUAAAUGCUAGCAAGUGGCCAUCUAAGAUGCAUCAGUUGGUCUCAACCCACCCGGUGCAAAGGAGAAUGAAGAAUACCAAAGACACAAUGUAGUUAUGAGCCCAAGAGACAGAAAGGGUCACAUAAGUCAAAGACUACAUCAGCCUGAGGCCGGAGGAACUGGAUGGUGCCCGACUGCAACCUGUGACAGCUCUGACAGGGAACACAAUAGAGAACCCCUGAGGGAGCAGGAGAGCAGUGGGAUGCAGACCUCAAAUUCCCAUGAAAAGACCAGACUUAAUGGUCUGACUGACACUAGAAGGACCCAGGAGGUCAUGGUCCCCAGACCUUCUGUUAGCCCAAGACAGGAAUCAUUCCCAAAGCCAACUCUUGGGUCAGGGAUUGGACUGGACUAUAGGAUAGAAGAUGAUAUUGGUGAGGAGUGAGCUUCUUGGAUCAAGUAGACACGACACUAUGGGGGCAGCUCCUGUCUGGAGGGGAGAUGAGAAGGCAGAGAGGGUCAGAAGCUGGCCGAAUGGACACGAAAAUAGAGGGUGAAGGGAAGGAGUCUGCUGUCUCAUUACGGGGAGAGCAACUAGGAAUAUAUAGCAGGGUGUAUAUAAAUUUUUGUAUGAGAGACUGAUUUGAUUUGUAAACUUUCACUUAAAGCACAAUAAAAAUUUUUUGAAAAUGUCUUUGAAGAAUUAAGGCUUGUGUAUGUGAAAUAUAAAUUAUUAGUGGUAUGUGUAUACCUACUUCUGUGUGGCCUCCAGGAAGCUGGGCCGUGCUCUCCUCUCCCUUCUGUGCAUGGCUGCCGCGUCCAGCUGCUUCCGCCAUGGUCAUGGCAUCCAAGUGGAUGCAUCGGCAGCAGCACCUAGCCCGGGGACAUCUGUUCUGGUUUCCGAGCUCCUAUGCAUCCUGAGACUCAGCAGCUCAAAAUUGCUUUGGGAUGGAAAGGGAGUAAAGAAAGAGGCAUCAGAGAGAGUGUUUCGAAGAAAUGCGUGCCAGUUCAGUGACAUCUCAAAGUGAGCCAAACUGAGCAUGAAACCUCUGCCUUGGUGGGGCCGGGUGCUGGGUGCAUGGCCAAGCUCCCGGUGUCCUUGCAUGAAGCCCUGAGCCUUGGUGACUCUCCAGACCCAGAGAGCAGAGCAGGUCCUGGGAUCAUGAAUGCAGGGGUUACAGGAGUAGAAGUAGAGCCCUGUAGGUACCUCCGCAAGGGAAUCUCUGACCCAGUAGAAGAGGAAGGUGAAGUGGUUAAUCCAUGGGCCCCCCAGCCACAAAAUUUGGCUUUAUGUAGCUUUGUCUACUCCAAGCCUCCUUCUCCACAGAGGAAUAAUCCAUAACUGGAGUCAGCAUAGUGAUGAGCACAUCAGUAAAUCUUAGCUGUUAAUAUUUCUAUGAUCGUAUUUUCUAAAUAAAAAAAUUUUAGAAAAUUUUUUUUCUAAAAAAGAAAAAAAAUCCUCCAUUUGGACAUAACACUGAUUUUUGCAUAAUGACUUGGUCUUUGGAACCUAACCAUGUUGAUAAGUGAGGAGUGGGUGUAUAAAUUUUUCCUUCUCAUUAAAAUUAUCUUUAUUUUGAUUUAUUGAUCUUACUGAAAAUAAUUUUAAAAGGUAUCACUGUACUGAGAAGUCACGAAGUAAAUAUAGUCUUCCUCCUGGACGGUGGGUUUUGACAUUGUUGAACUAAGUUUUAUGAAAAAGUAAUGCUAUUCCCAUCAAAAUCAGUAAGAAUAACUUCAGCCAGGAUCAUGCUCUCAAACUCCACACUUACCCAGCUACUUGCUUGAUAUCUCCGCUUGGAUGUCUAAUAAAAGAUCUGAAACUAAACAUACCCAAAACUGAACUCCUGAUUUUCUCCGCACAAAAAUGUAUUCAUAGACAUUCCCAUUUCAGUUGAUGGCAGGUUCCUAAGUGGUCUUCUUUAGUCUCAAGUAGCUUAAAGUAGAAAGCAGUGCAAUCCUUUUAAGGUGAGUCAUGUCACUGUCUACUCCAAACCCUCUGUAAUAGUGCCCCAUCUCAUUCAGAGUGAAAGCCAAAGUGCUUAUAAUAGGCUAUCAGGACCAGCACAGUUUGCUGGCUCAUUAUCUCUCUUCAUUCACUCUGUUGGGGACACACUGGGUUCCUUAUUGUUCCUUGAAAAUGCCAUAGACUUUCCCAAUUUAGGGCUUUUGCUCAGUUCACACUUGACUUGUGUCACCUUAUCUCAAGUCUCUGCUCAGCUCUCAUCUUCCAGUAAGGCCUACUGACCACCUUAUUUAAUUUCGCAUCCUGCAUCCCCACCCCCGCAGCAUUCGCAGUCCUCCUUACACUGCUCCACUUUUUCUUUGAACAAACUAAUUGAGUUAUGUACUGCAUUUUUGUUAGUCAGGAUAUUUGUUAAGUGAUGUAUCCAAAGUGCCUAGAACAUAAGUAGGUUCUCAAUAAAUGUAAUUUUGGAAGAAAGAAUUAAUGCAUAUAAUGUCCCUAUACACAUAAUUAAAAAAAAAUACCUUAAGUGUAAUAUGAAGGAGAAAAGGUAACCUAGUGAAUCUCAAUAAAAAAAAAACAACCCAGUGCCGUCGAAUCUCAAUAGCAUCUUCUAAUUAUUUGAACAACCAAAAAUUUACCCAUAAUUUUCCAUUAUGCCCCUAUGGUGAACAGUUCUUUGAGCUUACUGUAUUUCAUUUUUCUUAUUAGUGCUAUUUCUAUGUAACUUAUCUAUUUGUUGAUUUGUUUGGUGACAACCUCUACUAUUAGAAUGUUCCCAGGGCCUGUGAGUGGGCUUUCUCUCUCUCACUCAUGUUGAAUGAAUGAAUAUGUGAAUGAAUUAAUGGGUAAAUGGGUGAAUGAAUAGGAGUGGUGAAAGAUGAAGCUAGAGAACCUAGAACAGGCUAUUUGAAUUAAGGAAGUAAUAAGAUCAGAUUUUAUUUGAAUAGAUCAUAUGGCUGCAGUAUAGCAGAUGGGUUGGAGGGAGGAGAGAGGAGAUAUGCAGAGACCAGCUGGGUAAACCAAGUGAAAAAUGAUGGUAAUUUAGACAGUGAAUGGGGUAGUGAUGGUGGAAGAGAGGGACAGAAGUAGUUGUAUUUAGUAUAUUUAGGAGACAAAUUGAUGACAGGAUUUGGAGAUGGAUUAAAUUUGGAAGGUGAAAGAUGUGUCAGAAUUAACUCCUAAGUUUCUACCUUAUGCUGCUGGAUGGGUGGUUGUACUAUUCGCUUAGGUAAGAAGCACAAGAAGAGAGGACCAGUUUUUUUCUUGUUACUGUUUGUUUUUGAGGAAGGGAGAUCAUAAAUUCUAUUAAGGGUAUGUUAAACUUCUUUCUCUAAGACAUAAAAGUGGAGAUCUCAAUUAAGUAGGUAUUUGGAUUUUCAUCUUGCCAACCAUUUUUGAGUGCAUCUGCGGUCCUAGCUACUGGUAAAGAUACGGCAGCGAAGAAGCAGACAUGCCUUCUGCUCUCAUGGAGCUUUUAUUCUAAUGGGAAGAGAUAAGCAUUAAAUAAAAGUUAAUAUAUAAAUUAGUUCCAAAUAGUGUUAUGUACAUUAUGCAAAAAAUAUAAAAGGGUUUUGAGGUAUUAAAUGAUUUGACACUACUUUGAGGGGUUGUAGAAAGACUUCUUAGAGAAAGUCUCUGAGGAGUCAUUUAAGGUCUGAUCUGAAUGAUAAGGAGCAAACCAAGGGAGAAUCAGAGGGAAGAGCAUUCUAGGUAGAAAGAACUGCCCAUGCAAAGACUAGGAAAAAGGCGGGUGUGUUAGAAGAUGAGAAAAAAAGGCUAGUGUUUCAGGAGUAUAAUGAAGUAAGAGAAAGAGUGGUGUGAUUUGUGGUAAGAGGGGUAGGUAGUGAUCACAUAAUGUAGGGUUUUGUAGUCCAGGGUAAGAAAUUUAGAUGUUAAGUACAACGGGAAGUGAAAUGAUACUAUAUACAUUUUUAAAAAAGGCACUCUGGUUGUGUGAAGAAUGGAUUCUAUUGGGGGGACAGCAGUAGCAACAUGGGCCGUUGGCAAUAGUCCAGAGGGGAGAUGAUAGUGACUUGAACAGGAGUGGUGGGAGUGGAGAUAUAAAGAAGAUGAUAAAUUUGAGAUCUCUUUCAUAAACAGUGGUUAAGAGCUGUGGCUGCUAAGCAAAAGGUCAGCAGUGCGAAUCCACCAGCUGCUCCUUGGAAACCCUAUGGGGCAGUUCUCUCUCCUGUAGGGUCGCUAUGAGUCAGAUUCGAGUUGAUGGCAAAGGCUUUUUUUCAUAAACAGAGGCAACAGAAUUUAUCUAAUGGAUUGGCUAUAUUGGUUUGGAGCUCAGAGAAGAAAGAGGUCUGGACUUAGGGAUGUAUGUUUGGGAGCUCUCAACAUGUAGAUGGUACUUAAAGCCAGGACAGAGAUGAGAUUGUCUAUUGUAGUAAUCUUCAACCCUGUCUUUACAAGUGAAUCACCUGUGGAGUUUUUACAAAAUAGAAUUGGCCCUACCACAUUCCUGAAGAUUCCCAUUCAGUAGUAUGGAAAGGGCCCCAACAUCCUUACUCCUAAAAUAGCUUUGUAGGUGAAUUUGUACUGAGAACCACUGACUUACUGAACUACUGGUCUUGGAACUAUAGAAGUAAAACAAAAAUUUCACAUCUAUCUUCCCUCCCCUCAUUUUCCAUUCAGCUCUUUAAAUCAUUUCUGUACUUUAAUCAGGCAAGCCAAGCAACGCUUAAUGUUUGCAAAUGUAAGAAUUUGUAAGUUGGUGAAUCGAUGCUUUUAACUCAAGGGAGAUGGUUUCUCCAAAAUUUUGAUUUACUGGGUGCUCUGCAGUUACUGAAGAUAUCAUUCUUUGGAACUCUGGAAUUGUUUCACAUUUAAAUACUUUAUUUAAUAUUCUUUGUUGUUCUGUUAUAUAGACAUUCAUAUUUAACAAUUCUUUUAACCUUUUUUUCUGUGUGUUCACUGUUAGCUAUUAAGAGGACUAGCUUUAUUUGUCUUUUUUGAUGCAUGUGAUUAGCUAGAUAAAUGGACAUUGGUUUCUCACCGUGAAGCAAAGCAAAAAGAAUAACAGUUACCCACUGGCAGGAUUCUCAUUAACUUUCGAAAUAGUUGCUGUCAUGGAUUGAACUCUGUCUGCCAAAAAUAUCUGUCAACUUGGCAAGGUCGUGAUUCCCUUGUAUGAUUAUAUUGUUAUCUACCAUUUUAUCUUCUGAUGUGAUUUCCCUAUGUGUUGUAAAUCCUACCACUAGAUGAAAUGAGAUGGAUUAGUGGCAGUUAUAUUGAUGAGAUCUACAAGAUUAGAUUGUGUCUUAAGCCAGUCUCUUUGAGAUAUAAAAGAGAGAAGUGAGCAGAGAGAUGGGGGACCUCAUACCACCAAGAAAGGAGCGCCAGGAGCAGAGCUUAUCCUUUGGACCUGAGGUUACUGCAGUGAGAUCCUCCCAGACCAAGGGAAGACUGAUGACAAGGACCUUCCUCCAGAGCCAACAGAAAGACAAAGUCUUCCCCUGGAGCCGUUGCCCUGCAUUUGGACUCCUAGCAUACUGGACUGUGAGAGAAUAAACUUCUCUUUGUUAAAGCCAUCCACUUGUGGUUUUUCUAUUAUAGCAGCACUAGAUAACUAUGACAGUUGCCUUUUCUGCUGUCUCCUGAGUCUUUCAAGAUAGAAGUUAAUUAAAAGAACAAUAAGGUUUAUAGGUCAAACAUCAUCAUAUUCCCUUGACAGUAGGACCAGUAAGCUUCAAGUUGACUUCUUAAUUUAUAUUUGAUUACUUGAGGUGUCCAAAAUUACCAGAACAUGACUUUAAAUUUUUUAUUAAAUAGCCUAGACUACAGUUUUUGAAUAAACAUAGAAUAUUUGCUUCACAUUAAUGUUCUUAGUUUAAUAUUUCAUAUAACAUUUGACUUGGAGUUGAUUUUUUGGUCUUUAUUACAAUUCUGUUUAUACAUAGAAUUUUUAAAGGGCUCACAAAUGUUCUGUUAUUUUGUUAGCAUGCUGUUAAUUCAAUUUAUAAGUCAAUUCUAGGAGUUAGAAUAAUCAGGUCAAAAUAUGUUAUAUAUGUACUCAUGCAUACAUGCGUGUAUACGUAUGACUAUGCACACAGGCAGACUCAUAUAAUGUGUUGUCUUGAUUUAAAUAAACAGAUGGUAAAUAUCCUUUUGCAUAUUCCUUUUCCAAGAUCAUUUUAUAAGAUUUUAUUCGUUUGAGAACCUAUAUUUUCAUUUCUAUAUGCAACCUUUUCAGAGCAAGUAUAGUUGAUUGGUUUUUUGUAUAACUUACAAAAAUGUUGGCAAUACUGAAUUAAAAUGUACAUUUUCAAAGUUUUAUAGCAUAAAAAGAAAUUAUUUUUAAGUAUAAAAUUUUGGAUUUAACCUUUCAAAAUUAGUGUGUUUAUUAUGUUUUUUUAUUAUGUUUUGAUGCUUUUUUGUUAUUAAAAAAAAAAAAAACUUAAGUAAAAUUGUUCCUAAGUUCCAAAAGCAAAAGAAAAAUAGCUGUUUCUAUUGCAAAAUGUUUGAUUUCCUGACAUUUGAAUGUCUUGGAAAUAAUAAAAACACAUAAAGAAAGAAAAAUAAAUUAGAAUUUUCAAAUAGUGUAGUUGGGAAAAAAUAAGUGACUGUAGGUAAUAGGAGAUGUAGCUUCUGAAAGUCUUUUUGUGAUAAUAUCAACUAUGGAGCAUAUAUAUAUAUUUUUUAAUUAGUACUUUGCAGUUUCAGUAAUUACAAUGACCAAAGCAGAAAGCAUUUUAAGACAUUGAUUUCGUGAACUUUAGGUUACUUACAUGAAAUAUUAGCCAUGCUUAUAUUUUAUAAAUAUUACAUAGUCAGAUGUUAUCAUUUUUUCUGCUGCAGACCAGUGUUUAAUUAUGGAUUUGGCGGAGAGAAUCUGAAAAUGUCGCUGUAGUUCAUUCUUUAUAACUUCUUUUCCCUCCAAAUUUAUCAGUAGCGACUAACUUCAUUUAAUUUGAAUUUCGUCUACUUUUCUUUCUUCCGUUGUACUCUUUUGAAAAUGAAAAUUGUUCAUAUUUUCCUACUCAUAUUUCUUUCUCUCAAACUUUGGCUCAUAGCUUCUUUAAUAGUCUUUGGUAGGUUUUAUGUCAUUAUCUGUAUGAUAGCCAUUUGUUAGUACAUUGCUUCUUAGCGCUGCUAUUUUUAGGAUUUUUUUUAGUAAAAUUUCUUUCACUAUAGGAUUUAAUCUUAGCAUCUCUUAAAGAAAACAGAAUAUUUUCUUUUCUCACCCGUUCCCAUAAAUGUUUACCCACCCCUUUGAUAUAAAUGUCUAUCCUUUAAAAAGUGAGACCAGAGUUCUAAUGAUUUUAUAAUAUUUAGUUUAUUAAUUGUGUGGUAAUGAUUAAAACACAUGAUUCUAGUUCUUAUUUUUUAAAGGUCUCUACAAACUUUUUUUUGCUACUCUUUCAUGUUUGUUACUUUAGGGAAAGUUUUAUUUCUGGGUAAUAUUUUAAAUAACUUAUGUAGAUGAGCUUCAUUUUUAAAGGGAAGAUAUUUGCUCAUGUUUGUUGUCUUAAAUCAGCUCUGAUUAUGCGGCUCUGUCAGUUAAAACUGCCUGUUCAGUUUAGGAUCGCCACUUGGGAUUUUGACAUUACAAGCUUUUACUUAUUACUGGGAGAACCAGCACACUAAUAGAUUUUUCCCCCCCAGUAGUAGGAGGUGUUAGCUCUCAAUUUUAGAAUUACUUGCUGAAGCUGCUAAGUUCCUCAGAAACACAGAUUGUGAUUGAUUGGCUUUUGGUACUUUAAUGUCUGCUUAAUAUCUUAGAGAUGAAUGGGUAUUAACGCAUUUCACUGUUUCAUAGUAGAUUAAGUUCACAUGAACAAUCAAAUUUUUGAUACAGUAGGCCCUAGGCAAGCUUUCCAUUGCCUGGAUUUUCGACUCACUGAUAUAUCUUCAGUAUUUUAAGGAAUAGAAAAGUUAAUUAGGCAUAUUUGGGGAGACUCUUCUGGAUCUUUUUGGAGUUUAUUGAACUCGCAUUUCCAUCAUCUUGGAAUUUUGGUAUAAUAAUUUCAGUAUAAAAAUAUCAAUAUAUAUUAAAGCAUAUUUGCCAGUAUUCAGUAUUAGCAAAUGGAUAUUCUGUUAUAUAAUUUUAUCAUUAUUGCUUCUGUUUGCAUACUCCAUGAUGAUGGAAACGUUUACCUGUCCAUUUGGAGGGGUUUACCUAGUUAAAAAAAAAAAAAAGCCUUAACGUUUUCCUCUUUGUCAUUAAUAAAAAAGGCACACCUUGAUCACACUUGUCAGAGAAUUGAGUAUAGUGGAAGUGAUUCUUGCCCUAGGUAAAUAAGAAACUUUAGGGAAUCAAAGUUCAUAACUAAUUAAACUUUGUUAAAUUUGUUUAUAUCUUACGUGACCAAUUUCAUGUUUCAGAUUAAUGUGAACAAAUUCUCAACAUACCAGACCCUAGUAAAUUAAAAUAAAAACAAAUGAAAAUUUUAAUAAAGUAAUCCCUUAACAUCCAUCAUCAAAUUUUUAAUUUUCUCUGUUGUAAUUUAACCCAUGUAUUUUCAUUUUGAACUCUUGUUUAGUAGUGUCUUCUCUACAUUUACAAGUAUAUAUCUUUGCAUAUAAAAGUUCCUUGGCCAGUUACUUUGAAUUCUUUAAUUUGUCUUUUUACAAAUAUGAUCAUUUGUUUUCUCCUCUUUGGCUUUUUCAUCAUGUGUUGAUAUAUAGAUGUGGUAAGUUUGUUCCGAAUGGUCUUCGUGAUUUUAACGUUAAGCAGUACAUUGGAACCUCUAUGUCACGUAGUUUAUUAAUGAGUUAGAAUUCUUUUUAAGGUAAAGUCCUCCACUUCAGUCAGGAGCAUUAGAAGUUCUCUUACAGUAUUUAAUUGUGUUAUGCAAGGAUGUUAAAAGAAUCGUUAGAAUGACUCUUGUUAUACUAUAAUGAAGAGAGGAGUCCCUGGGUGGUGUAAGUGGUUAACAAGCUCGACUGCUAACUGGAAGUUUGGAGGUUCAAGCCUACCCAGAGGUGCUUUGGAAGAAAGACCUGGCAAUCUACUUCUGAAAAAUCAGCCAUUGAAAGCCCUAGGGAGCACAAUUCUACUGUGACACCACACAGGGGGUCACCAUGAGUUGGAAUUGACUCUACUACAGCCGGUACUAAGUGGGAAAAUUUAGAAAUUUAGGGACAAGUUUUUUUUUACUUUUUUAUGAAUUUCUUUACAUCAAAAUUAUGAUAUUAAUUGUUUAUCUUAGGUUUGGCUCUUAAGUUAGCAGGGGAAAAACAACUUAGUGUUAAAAAUUGUGGAUAAAUCUGACAGUGGUUAAUUUAUGUGCAAGCAAUUAAGAUAUAUAUUCAGUGAGAAAAUGUGAUAAUGUUUAUGAAGGACUUGAAUAUUCUAAGGAAAGGUUCUUUAUAAAAUCAAAUUCUGAUGCUGUCAGUGCAAAAUUUGCAUGCCAUCUACUGAUUAUUAUCAUAUUUUAGAUCACUUUUUUAUUAUGAAUGUUCAUCUGAUUACCAUAGGUGUGUAUUUUGUUAGAACACAUGGAAUAUAAUAAUAAAGCUAUACAAAAUAAACCAAUGAAGUCUGUAUUUAAACCACCAUUUACAUUUCUCACAGAGGAUAUUAAUCUGCUUUAUUGAACACAUGUGUGAAGUGUUUUAGCUGAGUAACAAAAUAAGGUAAUUGCUGAAUGAAUUAGACUCAGUGAUUUAGUGGCUGAUUCAGAUGAUUAAAGUUGCUAUAUAUUAGUGAAUUAUGAAUACAUUAUUUGACAUAUAUUUGACAGUGUAGAAUUUGGAGUGUCCAGAUCAUAGUGGUCAUUUUAACAAUAAUUAAAUAAAUUUGAUUCUGCAUUAAAAUCUUGAAAAUAAGUUAUUCUUGUUUAAAGUGUAAAAGUGGUCAUUUUAACAAUAAGUAAAUUUGAUUCUGCAUUAAAAUCUUGAAAAUAAGUUACUCUCGUUUAAAGUAUAAAAGUGGUCAUUUUAACAAUAACUAAAUUUGAUUCUGGAUUAAAAUGUUGAAAAUAAAUUAUUCUUGUUUAAAGUAUAAAGAGAUGGGAAAAACUCAUUUUUAAACUUGUUAUAAAAGACCCAUGUUUCUUAAGCUUUUAUCAGUCUUUCAUGGGAUUUAGAUUAAAAAUAUGUUAACUAUCUUCUUAGUUUUUGGUAUUAUACUUAGAUAAUUGCUGAUAAUUUGAAAUGUGUUAUACUCUGUUAAUAUAUAAGUAUAUGUUAGUGAAGCAGUUAAAUUACAAUAAAAUUUUGAUUAUUCAUGCUAGUGGCAGGGAGAAAUACAAACAAAGACAAAAACAGCAAUAAAUAAAUUUCAUUUAGAUUUCAUAUGAAUAUUAUGGCAGAUAUACUUUUAUAAAUAUUAUUUAAGGAAACUAAAACAGUGGAAAGUGUAAUUGUAAGCUAAAUGACAACUGGUGAAUAUGGUGUAGAAACAUAUCAGGAAGUCAGAGAAAAAUAAGCUGGGGAUUCAAAGUUUUUUUGGUCAAUGAAGCAUAUAUAUUAUUGAGAGUUGAAAUAGUUAAGAUUACAUUUGAUGAGUGAGUUUGAUAUUUCACAAGGUUUAUUUAAUGUGUUUACUUCUCCUUAAUUGAAAAAUUAUGAUGCUUACCUCUAACAUUUUUAAAAUAUAAUUAGUAAGUAAUACAUUAUAUUCUUUUUCCUUUUCUUUCAUGUUCUUUCUCAUUUUU